UCGUGAGGUCGCUCUGUCCUCCUGCUCCACCACGGCUUGUCUCUCCAAGGAGUGAGGAAGCAUCGUAUCAAAGCACACGUGGGUUUACUGUUGGAGUUGGGAAGCAAACGGUAUCUGAUCACUGUUGUAAUUAUGGAGCAGAGUAUCUCUUGCUUUCAGUCUGAAUUUGAUUUCUGCCCUGAAUGUGGUACAGUCCUGCCUUUGCCUGGGAUCCAAGAUAAAGUGACGUGUCUCUGUUGUUCCUUCUCCAUUGAUGUACACGAAUUUGAAGGGAGAAUGAUUUCCACGUCCGUCAUGUUCAAUACGAUAGAUCCCACAUCUCAGAGGAAAGUGGAUGAAGGAAAAGAAAUGAAGGGACCUUUGCUUGACAGGAAUUGUCCCAAGUGUGGACAUGAAGGCAUGGUGUACCAUACCCGGCAGAUGAGGUCAGCCGAUGAAGGACAGACGGUCUUCUACACCUGUCCCCGUUGCAAAUUUCAGGAGAAGGAAGACUCUUGAUCAGACAGCAUCUGUGUCCACCCGAGCAAAUUUGAACAAGCUCUUUUCUUUGUGAUUUAGAAUCGCUUUAGAUCCUGGGGGUGGGGGGCACUUACUGUGCUGCACUUACAGGUGCUGUGGAAACAUCCAUCAGCUGGAUGAUUCAUAAAUGGUGAUGUUUGUCCUGCAGCAAGUCUUACUGGAGGUCAACACAAAAGUGAUAGGAAGGGAAUUGCAUGUCAAAAGUCUUAACGAGCGGUCCAAGUUUUUCCUCCCUCCCCCAGUCAGUGGGACUUCUAAAAGACUAGAACUUCUGUCCAAGGACAACAACACCCUACUUGAGCCAAACCAAAGCUGAACACCAGGAACAUGUGCUGCUCUUGGAGAUCCGGCCAUUUCUUCUGCUACUGCUGUGGUCACCAGUCUCCUGCUGCCCUGUGCUUUAUUUCCUCCUCGACUGAGGGAAACUUCUGACACACUUGUGUGGCUGUGCAUGCAUGAGAUUUUUCCUGUUGGUUGCCAUUGUCAUCCUGUGACUAGCUCCGUUCUGGUUUGAGCCUUGUUCCAAGAUGGGUGGGAGAGCCAUGCAGCUGCUUGCAUAGCAGCCGCGUGCAUUUCCCCUUUCAGCUUUUAACUGGAGGCAAAGUGGAGCUUAAUUCAUACUCUUCCAUCCACUGUUCCUCUUGUGGAAUUACAACUGCUGUUUAAUCAGGGAGGAAGGGCUACCUGAUAGCCUUUAUGGGCCAGGUUUAGCCCUGGGGCCUCAAGUUUUUUUUAUUAUAUUUUAUUACAUUUGUAUCCUGCCCUCCCUGGCUGGGCCAGGCUCAGUUGAUGGCCUGUCAUCUGUAAAGAACCUUGCUGUGCAGAGGCUUGCAAAGGGCUAUUUGCAGCGAUGCAAGAACCGUGUUUUAUCGUUGUGGUUUCUGUGCAGUUCCACAUAGGACUGUGCAGGUGCAGGCUAGUCAUGGGAACUUUUUUUCUCUAAGCUUCUAGAAGGUUCCUGAUGAGUGCUCCCAUCUUUCCACUGAGUUGGACAUGUGACAAAGGGGUGGGGAGUGCUCUCCCUCCAUUUCUUCCUUUGCCACCAUGGAGAUAGGAUGUGUUCCCAAAAGCUUCACAGAGAUUUUCUGUAAAACAAAAAUUUGGUUUCCAAGGUACGUGUAUCUCUCAUCUGUGCUUAAGACCUCCCUGGACUUCCCCUGUUAUAUUCAUAUUCAGUAAAUAAUUAAGUGUUAACCUGUGAUUUAGCUUCAUAAAAUAUUUUAUGGCUUAUUA